AUGCAUUCCGCCGCAGGACAAACGGGAGCGCGGAGGCGGACCCCUCCCUUCCCCACGAAGCAAAUGACAAUCCUGGCAUUAUGUCGAAUCUGCGAACCCAUUGCUUUUAUGUCCAUCUUCCCUUAUGUAUAUUUCAUGGUCAAGGAUUUCCAUAUCACCGACAACGAUGCUCAAGUAUUCAUGUACUGUGGCAUGGUCACAUCGGCUUUCGCUUUCGCAGAAUUCUCAUCUGGAGUGGCUUGGGGUCGAUUGAGCGAUAAAAUUGGACGAAAACCGGUUCUGCUUACCGGGCUUGCGGGUACGGCUUUGAGUAUGCUUAUCUUUGGAUUUUCGCCCAAUCUGCCAACAGCAUUAUUGGCACGCGCGCUGGGUGGUCUCUUGAACGGAAACAUUGGCGUUUUGCAAACCACGGUAGCCGAGAUGGUGACGGUGAAGGAACAUCAGCCUCGCGCGUAUACAAUCAUGCCAUUCGUCUGGUGUCUCGGAUCAAUUUUAGGACCGUCCCUCGGAGGCGCACUGGCGAGACCCGUAGUCAAUUGGCCAGGAAUAUUUCAGCAUGGGUCGAUUUGGGAAAAGUUCCCUUAUCUUCUUCCUAACCUCGUUUGUACAGUUAUCGUAACUUGCGGAGUAAUCGUCGGAAUAUUAUUCUUGGAGGAAACACAUUCGGAGAAGAAAUAUCGUCGGGAUCCCGGAUUGGAAGCAGGAAAAUGGAUUAUCAGCAAAUUCACACGAUGCACCGAAUCAAAAAAUAGUCGAUGCGAAAAGGUGGCAGAGGCUGACGAGAUUCUUUCAUUGCUUAAUGGUGAUUCAGAGGAUCAGCCACCAGGAUAUCGAACAACUCAAGGAUCACCUACACUUUCAUCAACUGCGGGUUCGAAAGACCCGCAAGACCCCCUGGAUUUGAAUGCACAUGAUCAAUUUGUUGUUCAUGCAAGAAGUAAACCUGCAGCAACGAAGGCAUUUACGAGACAGGUCGUCAUCAACAUUAUCGGUUAUGGUAUAUUGGCUUACCACACAAUGACUUUCGAUUCCAUGCUCCCAACAAUGCUCUCCUACAAACCAGAGGAAGAUGCUCCACCAUUCCCAGAACCUCAGUUGCCCUUUAAGUUCGUGGGUACAUAUGGAAUGAGCUCUUCGGAUGUCGGUGUAGUUCUUUCGGUCCAAGGAUUAUAUUCAAUGAUUGCUACCAUCUUCCUAUUCCCAAUCGUUGUUCGACGUCUUGGACCUUUGAACUUGUUCAGAACUAUGGCAAUCUCCUAUCCGAUCCUUUACAUUGUUACACCCUACUUGGUCCUACUCCCUGAUCAUCUUAAGAUGAUCGGUUUGUAUGUGAUUGUCAUUUGGAAAUGCACUUUCUCCACCAUGACUUACCCAAGCAAUGCUAUUCUUUUGACCAAUUCGGCACCAUCACUCUUGAUGUUAGGAACUAUCAACGGUGUCGCAGCAUCAACCGCCAGUAUUUCCAGAGCCUUUGGACCUACCGUAUCAGGAUUCCUCUUGUCGGCCGGUGCCAGUUUGGGAUACUCCGGUCUUGCGUGGUGGUGUAGUGCUAUCAUUUCCAUGAUCGGUGCCAUAAUCAGUCUCUACAUGACAGACACGGGCGGUAGAAUGGAUGUUGACGAGAAGAGUGAAGAAGAUCAGGAGCAAGCAUUCGACGACCAAAUGCUUGAUCACUGUGCCCCAGAAACUGGCAUCGCCGCUGGCGCCGAGCCAAGAAACACGAGUAUCGGCAACUAA